AUGGCUGAUAAGGCAACAAAAAAUGCAAUUGCUAUCCACUCAGCAACAACAGUUCAACUUGUAACCAAACAAGACGUAGUACCCUUAAUUAAACUUUAUUGUACCAAUAUGUGGCAGAUAAACUGGGAUUUCGUUUGCACACAACUACACGAAAUAAAACAGAAUGUGCUCAUAUGGCCACAUCCCACAAAUCUUCCAAGAAAGUUCGAAGUCAUCCUAACAAGACUCCGGAUCGGGCACACUCAAAUCACCCAUAGUCAUCUAAUGAGUAAAAAUGACAACACAAUGUGUUAUAAUGAUGUUAUUAUGUCAUAA